UCUCUCUGUGGAGACAUCUGCUGAGCAUGUGCCUCUUGGCCGCGCAAAAGAUGGCCCUGCAGAAGAAGGCGUUCUUGCAAGUCUUCUUGUUGCUCCCCCUGGCUCUUGCUGCUGUUUACUGCGGGACCUCGCUGCCAGGCCUGAAGCCCCUGAGGAACUGCCCGGUUUUAAUGGCGCAGCAAACUCAAAAGAUGCAGCUAAUGCUGGAGGAGGUGGCUCGGCUGAGGGCAGAGAUCAGCAGCGUGAAGCAGGAAGUCGAGGAAAUGAAGCAGGCAGCAUCUGAGAGGGCUUUGGAAGCCUACGUGGAGAUGUCUGACUGGGCCCUGCAAAGCUCUGGUGCCAGCAUUGACCUGCAGAGAACUUCGGAGACCUACACCUGCAAAAAGGACUGGUUCUGGAGGUUUAUUGAGUUCUUUUGCACUCCCCGCAGUCCCGAUCGCAUUUUGCAGCCGGAUGUUUCCCCGGGAAACUGCUGGCCUUUCCCAGGGCAUCAGGGCCAGGUGGUCAUCAGGUUGCCAGCGCGAGUCCACCUGACUGCCAUCACUGUGCAGCACAUCUCCAAAGAAGUCUCUCCAUCUGGGACCGUCACCAGCGCCCCCAGGGACAUCGCUGUCUUUGGAGUGGAUGUGGACAGAGAAGAGGAAACUCUCCUGGUGACCUUCAUGUACGAUGUGGCAAAAGAGGCCAUUCAGACCUUCCCUCUGAAGAACGCCCCGCAUCCCAGAGCCUUCUCCUAUCUCAAACUCCUUGUGAAGAGCAACUGGGGAAAACCAAAGUACACAUGCAUUUACCGAGUGCAGGUUCAUGGGAAGAUGGCAAAACCAAACAGCCUCAACUGAAACCAGAGACAGAAAAAGGACAAACAUAAAAAAGAAGAAAAAGAAUAAUGUUGCUGCGACUCAGAUUGGUGUAGAAGAUUUGUCUCCUAAGUUGGGUGCACAAUAAGGUCCAUUGCAGGGAGGGCAGUCGUGGGAAAGCAACAGAAGAUCGGCGAGGAGGAUUGUUAAUACGCUCAAGUGACUCACAGCUGGGUGCUGGAAAACACAUAUAUCACACUAAUUGUUAUUCAGUCUCGGACGCUUGCAAGAAAAACACUUGCACUUCGAUAACAUAAACCUGUGAUGGACUCAGGGACAGCUUAUCCAGCCACUUGAGAAUCCUGGCCUGCUGCUGAAGAAGAUCAAAGCACAGUGGGAAAACGAUGCCUGUUUGAACCCUUUAAAUGCCAGGCAGAACAGGGACUCCGUGCGUGCUCUUGCUCACAAGGACUCUCUCGCUGCCAAGGGCUCUUGCUAACAAGGACUCUCUCUCACUCCACGGUGCCCGCAGUCCCUGCUUCCGUGCCUCUGCCCGGGUGUUGCUUCGGAGAUUCCCUGGUCUGUGAGGUAUCGAGAAGAAACUUGUUCUUUGCCUUUCAUCCGUGGUUUUGUGGUUGUUCCUGCGUCCUGCCCGCAUCGGCUCACACAGCGGGGUUACAACCAGGGACUGAGUCUGGUAAAUAGGUAAACGUAGCUCCUUGUGAAGAACAAACAGCGAAGAAUACCACAUCCCCGAAGAGACUGGAGGGACCGAUAACAAGCUCGCAAAAUAAAUGGGGGAGUUGCAAAUGCUGCUGCAUUUAUCUUCCCCAGUCCACACAAAGAGAUUCCUCUAUUAUCAGCUCAAACCAGCCACCGUACACCACUAGGAACCACCCAAGACCUACCAUGAAGCCCCUAACAGAGUUAAUGUGCAUGUGCCAAGGGGAUGUGAAUAUGGAGAUGAGUUCUGGAAAUGUAAUGAACGUGGCAAUGAGUGCUGAGACAUGUAACGACCACGCAUAUUCUGUAUGGAUGUAAGUCUCUGUGAAUCUCACAUUCAGUGGACAUGUCAGGUGGAGAGAUCCCCCACGUCCCCGGUGCUGAAUAAAAGAAUGCCUGCUUCUUAAGACUACAUCGGUGUUAAGAAGUUCAUUCCCGAUUUCGGUGACGGUUUCUGCGACCCAGAUGGGACUCUGCCUCUGAAUCUCGACAGAUCCUUGGAAUUGCAGGGCCUCCAUCCGGCACCGAGGGAUUCUCAGGGAGAACCUCCGAUCCCCGGACCAAAGAGCUCCGAGCAAGGCCCCUGGAAAGGUGAAGGCAUUCUUUUCUUUAAGGGAUAUUAAGGGUUGCCUGUCCAUAAGGCGAGGCAUAAGCCUCGCAGGGUUGGGCUGUAAAGGUACCUAAGGGAAGGAGUUGGUCUCACCGGAUGAAAGCCUGUGAGAAACGCGGCUGAUAAGCGUAAAGGUAUUGUCCUCAACACCAGGCGGGGAAGGGCCGCACCAAGAGCAAAGGUCUGGUAUAAAAGGUUCAGGCCCUAAGGUUUUGUUAUUUUGUCUUGUGUAAUAAGUGCUAUGUUCAGUUGUCAUUUUCUUUGUGUUUUGUGUUGUUCGUUCUACUAGUACUAUCCUAUAAUGGGUAGCAAGCCCUUGGCGGAAGGGGGAAUUUUGAAAAAGUCUCCUUUAGGUUGUAUACUGAAGCGUUGGAAACAAAUAGGAGGGGACCCGCUCACGAGAAAGCAGCUGAUUGAAUAUUGUAACAAUUGGUGGCCGUUAUGUACUUCAGAAGAUCAAGAAAAACGGACAAGAAAUGGGACUUUAAAAUAGAAUACAAUUUUACAGCUUAUGUUAUUUUGUAGCAGGGAAAACAAAUGGGAUGAAGUACUGUAUGUAGAUUUGUUUUUCACUUUAAGAAACCACCCAGAGUGGCAGAAGGAUUGUGGGCGAUAACCAGAUAUCAGAGACGGUUAUUCGGAAUGAGACAUGCUAUGCCAAAAGCCAUUAAUUGGUCAAAAUCGUAUGAGGUUAAACAAGAACCAAAUGAAUCGCCACCUGCAUUUAUGGAACGAGUAAAGAAUACUGCUAGGAAAUACACGAACGUGGACCCCGAGAGGAGGCUGGGCAAUUGGCCUCUAUUUUUAUGGGACAAUCUGCCCCGGAUGUACAAAAGAAACUCCAAAAGUUAGAAGGAGAAGAUUCGAGGGACUUGGGAACAUUGGUGUAAGUAGCUUGGACCGUCUAGAAUAACAGAGAAAAGGAGAGGGAGAAUCAAAGAGAAGGGAGAUUAAUUGCCGCAUUGACGGGAGUUGCUCCGGGAAGAAUGAACGGGGCCCGGGGAAGUAGAGGAGGCUACAGAAGAGUUGGGAAGGAACUCGUUUAGCAGAAGCUCAGUGCGCGAUCUGCAAAGAGCGAGGACAUUGGAAAAACGCGUGCCCUAGAGUCAGUAACCAAGGCUCGAUCCUGCAGCCUGUCAAGGUGAUGGCUUUAGGUGAUGGUUUAGGGAAGCGUUGCAAAACAGGUAGUAAUAAGUCACCUACGUAAACAAAUCAAUAGCAGGCAUGCAUCGAGGAUUGCUGAAGAGGAAAGUUCAUCUGGAGGGCAACUGACGGAGAGGAAGAUACGACCACCAGAUGAAGUAAACGACCACCAGAACGACUGUGAUUCGCGAAAUGACUUGCCUCAUGAUUGUGCAAUUGGUUCUGGGAGGGGGCGUGCUUAUGUUAAUGAUUUAGGGAAAACGAAUGAAUACGUAACAAUUUUGUAAAUAUAAAUGGCUCAAAAUAAGAUCAU